ACAGACCCAAAACACGGUAAACUCUUUGCACUUUCCUAUGUUUGAUUGAGUUAGAGUUCAGUGUUUGUCUGGACAGCCUUUCGACCGCACGCAAGAGCUGCCUUCAGAGUUCAAUUGAUCAUUUACUUUUGGGUGGUAGAGUGAAGUCUGGAACGCCAUGGAGGGAAAAAUUUGUUUGUUCCUUCUUGUGACGAUCAUUGGUUUGUCUCAACAGAUAUCAACACCUGAAUCACCCGACUAUGUGGGGGGUGUUGUUGAAUUCACCCCGGAAAAUUUUCAACAGUCCUCAGAGCAGAGGAUUGAGCGCAAUAUGGAGGCUUAUAUGCAGAUCAUAGCAUCUGAGGAAGCUCAAGAUGUCGAUAUUAUGGUCUUCCCCGAGUCUACGCUCAAUAUGCUUAAUUACCCUACAUUAGUGCCUCAUCCUGAUGAUGAAGUGUCUCCAUGUGAAAAUGAGAAUUAUGAGUUCUUCCUCAGAAACAUCUCUUGCGCUGCAAGAACUCACCGAAAAUACGUCGUGAUCAACUUAACGGAAAAACAUCCUUGUACACAGGAGGAACAGGAUGCCCUAAACGAUACACGACCCUGUGCCGAAAACGGAUUGAGUCUCUACAACACAAAUGUCGUUAUGGACAGGACCGGUGUCGUUGUAUCUCGCUACCGGAAGUUCCACCUCUUUGGUGAAGCUGGCAAAAAUACAACCCUUCUACCCGAUAUCAGUACCUUCACGACAGAUUUUAACGUGACUUUUGGUCACUUUAUCUGCUUUGAUGUUCUCUUUGAGGAGCCCGCAAUGGAACUAAUCCGCGCUGGUGUCAAGGAUUACGUUUAUCCUACCAUGUGGUUUUCAGAAUUACCCUUUCUAACUGCUGUCCAAGUCCAAUACAUGUGGGCAUGGAAGCACAAUGUAAAUUUCUUGGGUUCUGGAGCCAACAAUCCCGAUGUUGGAUCAACGGGUUCGGGUAUCUAUGCUGGACGCAGAGGACCCCUUACCUACGUCAUGAGCAGUACUCCCAUGAGGCGUCUUCUAGUGGCUCGAGUGCCCAAAUCCCAUCUUGUCGGUGAUCCCUAUACCCAUGAUCCAGUUGCUGAGAAAUUCACCGAACAAGAGAUGCUUGAUUUGAAACUCAAACGAGAUCAUCUAGAUAUCUACACCACAAAAUUAGUUGAUGUCACUCAGGAAAGUGGAUCUGAGACCCUCUGUUUCGACACACUCUGCUGUAACUUUGACUUUGAGAUCAGUUUCAACGAAUCCCAGGUUACAGAAGAUUCCGAUUACUACAGAUACCAUUUGGGGGUAUUUGAUGGAGUUCGCACUUAUGAUGACGUAGCCACUGGAGGUGUUCUAUCUUGUGGCAUUUUCGCUUGUCCCACUGAUGACUUGGAAAGCUGUGCCCAAAGAUUUGAAGCUUCUGAUAAUAUUGUGCCUGCUAUCACAUUCAACCGAAUCAAAAUUAGCGGCACUUUCCCAUCGAAAUCCUACGUUCUAACACUUCCUAAUGUCCUCAAUAACUUCAUCCUCCCCAUUAACCUGAACGAAUUCAACUAUCACGAGGGUGAAGAGAAAACGGAAAAUGGCGAUACGGUAAAGGAUAUCACACUAGAACUAACCCAGCCGCGUAAUGAUAUCCGCGCUUUUGCCAUUUAUGGAAGAAAUUUCCAGAGAGACGGUGACGAUGUUACCACAGCUGCAGCCAAUUCAUUUGCAUCUUUGGCAUUCGUAACCAUCCUAUCUACUCUACUUCUAAUUGUCUUUGAGAGAAACAUUUAAUUUAUCUAUGAGAUAAACGCAGAAGAGACAACGUAAAUAUUUAUAUAUAUUAAAGUGUAUUAUUGUGGAAAAAAUAUAUAAAGGUCUCUCUGAAAAA